AUGGCGAAAAGGCAUUACUCAGCUCUAUCACAGCCCACCCUAUCGAUGAGCGAGCUGAUAUGCAAAACGCUCGAUCAUGAUGCUACAGACAUGUUAAUCGACAAGUGGCUUGAGCAUCGCAAUGACGCGUAUUGGGAAUGGUUUCAAGGUGUCAGGGAGCGAAAACACGCCGCAAAUUCUCUUAGACGCCAAGUCCUCGUCUGGAAUAAAGGAGAUUUCCUUCCAGAAAACAUCUUCUGUCGUACAGUCGACACCGGUCGUCUGAUUCCUCUGGAUCGCACCUGGUCGACACAUGUAUAUCACCACAGGUCGAUGCAAGACCGAAAAUUGUCCAUGAUGCCUGUUGUAUUUACUAUGCUUCCUGAGCUGAUGAUGCUCAGAGGGAUGCAUGACCUUGGCUGUGACGAUGUAUACAUCAUUGUUACAGACAUGAAACGCCAAGAGAUGGACGAUGUAACAGAAUACUUCAACCUCGUUUGUCGACAUACUUUCGGGCGCACGUGUAAACCCAGCAUAGAGAACGAGAUCCAGUACAAUCAUAUGCGUUUGAGCCAUACUCUCCUCAAACAACGACGCACACCAUGUUUUCCUCAGAUUGAUAUCGCUUUCCGAGCCAUUCUCCACGAGAAACGACCGCCCUUCAUCAUCUUGUUCUCCCAUCAGACCACUUCCUAUUCCCAAAUUUUAUUCACGCAUCCGCUGUUCGUUCCAUCAGAAGAAAUAUUCUUUGACUUUCCUAGUGGUUGUCCCAACCCUUGCUGUAACGACGACUGCGAGAUGAUACGUUUUCCUCGGCGUGGCAUCGAAGGUGCAGCGGUAUUGUCGAUAAAGCGCGGUCGUCGAAACGGGAGGAAGGUGAGAUCUCGGGAGAUGUGCAACUGGAUCGACUGCAACAUCUGUUUCAACGAAGAAACAUCGCAGUACCCCGAGAGUAGUGAAGGAUCGCAGAGCAGCGCCGACAGUGGGGAUGCUCCGACCAAUAAUGGACUUGUGUGUAGCAAGUGCCGGUUGGUGAAGUAUUGUUCUCCUGAACAUCAGAAAAAUGACUGGGAAGAGCAUCGCCGGGUUUGUGCUAAGUCAGCUUCUAUCUGA